AUGGAGCCUGGGAAACUCUUGGAUCCCCCGUCACACACAGGCAGCACUCCGGAAAACCAUGAAAGAACCCAUGAAUGCUCAGAGUGUGAGAAAUCCUUUGCUCACUACUCCCUCCUUUUGACCCACAGGAAGGUCCAUGUGGGAAGCGGCUCCAGUCAAAGUUUGGAGGAUGAGAAAUCCUUUUCUGUAAAAGAAACCAAAGAUCCCAAAAGCCCCCCUACCCAAAACCCCUAUAAAUGUGAGGAAUGCAACUUAUCCUUUGGUCGAAAGUCACGCCUUCUUAGACAUCAGAAAAUCCACACUGCAGAGAAAGCUUUUCAGUGUCUGGAAUGUGGGAAUUUUUUCCGUGAAAAAUCCAGUCUCAGAAACCAUGAGAGGAUUCACACAGGGGAGAAACCUUACAAGUGUUGGCAAUGUGGGAAGAGCUUUUCUCAGAACGCAAGUCUUUGGGCCCAUGAGAAGAUUCAUACGGGAAUAAAACCUUACAAAUGCUUUGAGUGUGGAAAAUGUUUCGCCCGGAGUUCAGGUCUAUGGAGUCAUGAGAAAACACACAGAGAGGAGAAAAAAGAAAAGUGCCUUGAAUGUGGUAAAUAUUUUUCCACGAAAUCAAAUCUGCUUCAACAUCAGAGACGUCACACUGGAGAGAGACCCUAUGAAUGCCCAGAAUGUGAGAGACGAUUUGUGGAUUGUUAUGAACUUCAGAGACACCAGAAAUGGCACAAAGGGGAAUUAUCCUAUAAAUGUAUGGAAUGUGGGAAAAGUUUUAUUUCGCCAGCCCAUCUUCAGAUUCAUCAGAGAAUCCACACGGGGGAGAAGCCAUACAGAUGUGGGGAGUGUGGAAAAUGCUUUUCCCAAAAACAAAACCUUGGAAGCCAUCAGAGGUUCCACACAGGAGAGAAGCCGUACAGAUGCCUAGAAUGUGGGAAAAGUUUUGGACACCAGGGGAACCUUUGGAGCCAUCAUAAAACCCACAGAGGGGAGAAGCCAUAUCAGUGCAACGAAUGUGGAAGAUUUUAUAGCACCGCAUCAGCCCUUAGAAGUCAUGCAAAAAUUCACACAGGGGAAAAAAACUACAAAUGUUUCGACUGUGGGAGAGCAUUUGCUUAUUCAUAUUCCCUUAUAAGUCACAGCCGAAUCCAUACUGGAGAGAAACCUCACAAAUGCUCAGAGUGUGAUAAAUGUUUUUCACGGAAAGAUACUCUUGUGAUACAUCAGAGAAUCCACACGGGAGCAAAACCAUAUAAAUGUCUGGAGUGUGGGAAAUGUUUUGCCCAUUCUUCAACACUUCGCACGCACACCAGAAGUCACACAGGAGAGCAACCUUAUAAGUGUGCAGAGUGCAAGAAAAAUUUUCAAUGUAGAUCAAAGCUAAAAAUGCACCAGAAAAGAAUUCACACAGGGGAGAAACCUUACACGUGUUGGGAAUGUGGGAAGAGCUUUUCUCGGAAUUCAUAUCUUUGGCGCCACGAGAAGGUUCAUGCAGGAAUAAAACCUUACAAAUGCUUUGAGUGUGGGAAAUGUUUCAUCCAGAGUUCAGGUCUAUGGGGUCAUGAGAAAACACACAGAGGAGAGAAAAAUGAAAAGUGCCUCGAAUGCGGGAAAUGUUUUACCUUGAAAUCAAAUCUGGUCCAACAUCAGAGACGUCACACUGGCGAAAGACCCUAUGAAUGCCCAGAAUGUGAGAGACGAUUUAUCAAUUCUUCUGAACUUCGGGAACACCAGAAGAGGCACAAAGGAGAGAAACCCUAUCAAUGUGGGGAAUGUGGGAAAGGUUUUGUUACACAAAGAGAGCUUCAGCUUCAUGAGAGAAUCCACACAGGAGAGAAGCCAUUCAAAUGUGGGGAGUGUGGGAAAUGCUUUUCCCAAAAACAACACCUUGUAAAACAUCAGAGGCUCCACACAGGAGAGAAGCCGUACAGAUGCCUAGAAUGUGGGAAAUUGUUUGCUUAUAAGGAAGUACUUUGGAGACAUCAUAAAACCCACACAGGGGAGAAGCCAUAUCAAUGCUUCGAAUGUGGACAAUUCUUUUGUACCGCACCAACCCUUCGGAGUCAUGUAAAAAUUCACACAGGGGAAAGAAAUUACAAAUGUUUAGACUGUGGGAGAGCAUUUGUUCAUUCAUAUUACCUUAGAAACCACAGCCGAAUCCAUACAGGUGAGAAGCCCCAUAAAUGCUCGGAGUGCGAUAAAUGUUUUUCUCAAAAAGGUACUCUUGUGAGACAUCAGCGAAUCCACACUGGAGAGAAACCAUAUAAAUGUCCAGAGUGUGAGAAAUGUUUUGCCCAAACUUCAUCACUUCGCAAGCACACCAGAAGUCACACAGGGGAGUCGCCUUACAAGUGUGCAGAGUGUGAGAAAUCGUUUCAUUGUAAAUCUCAGCUAAAAAGGCAUCAGGAAGUCCAUAGUAGAGAUAAACUCCUUCAAUGUAUAAAAUGUGAUUUAUGCUUUGGUCAAAAGUCAAGUCUUCUUACACAUCAGAAAAUCCAUACUGGAGAGAAACCCUAUCAGUGUCUGGAAUGUGGGAAAUUGUUUUCUGAGAAAUCCACCCUCAGAAACCACGAGAGGCUUCACACAGGGGAGAAGCCUUACAAAUGUUGGGAAUGUGGAAAGAGCUUUUCUCAGAACUCAAGUCUUUGGUCCCAUGAGAAGGUUCAUGCAGGAAUAAAAUCAUAUAAAUGCUUUGAGUGUGGGAAAUGUUUCACCCAGAGUUCAGGUCUUCGGAGUCAUGAGAAAAUGCACAGAGGGGAGAAAAAGGAAAAGUGCCUCGAAUGCGGUAAAUGUUUUUACCAGAAAUCACACCUGAUGCGACAUCAGAGAAUUCACACCAGAGACAGACCCUAUGAAUGCCCAGAAUGUGGGAAACGAUUUACGUUUUCUUAUGAACUUCGGAGACACGAGGAGAGGCACAAAGGAGAGUUACGCUAUAAGUGUGGGGAGUGUGGGAAAAGUUUUAAUUUCCUUGGAGGGCUUCAGAAUCAUCAGAGAAUCCACACAGGGGAAAAACCAUACAAAUGUGGGGAGUGUGGGAAAUGUUUUUCACAAAAACAACACCUUGGAACGCAUCAGAGGCUCCACACAGGAGAGAAGCCAUACAGAUGCGUAGAAUGUGGAAAGUGUUUUACUCAAAAGGGAGACCUUUGGACACAUCAU